AUGGCGCCGAAGAAGGGUAAAGAAACGCUCCUCGAGCUCUGUACCAUGGCAACCAACGUGGGAAACAGCAUCUCUGUACGAAUGCUGGAGUAUCUCGGUACCGUCAAACACCAGCCCCAUGGAUUCAAGGAGCUCGCCUGCGACUUCCUCGAUGUCUCCCGCAUCCUGUGGUCCAUUGAAGCGGGUCUGAAUGAAGCUGGGAGGUCUCAAACCAAGUUCCCGCAGGAUAUGACCCAGGAGCUAGACAAGAAGUUCCGGCAAACCAACGACGACUUCAUCGUCCUGAACCAGAUGCUGACCAAGUUUCUGGAAUACGAAAGAAAGGGACGCCUCGGUCGAUUCCAGAGAGGGUUGCAUAGCAUGUUCUCGGAUGAUGAAAUCCACAAGCUGAGAGAGUCUCUGGGGAGGAGCCGAGAUGCUCUCAGGAUGAGCGCUUUGGUGUUUCGGUGGUCGCUGGGAGAUGCAAAGGCAGAUGCCUCCGUCGGCAUUGGAUACACAGGUCUUGCUGCUGUCCUCGAGCGCAUGAAUCCUGGCAAGGUCCCGUCCAUCAACACGUCAACUCUACCCGCCGAGCCACCGAUUCAUACUCCGACGCCGCAGACGCCGCCUCCUUCACAGGUCCCCGACCGCCUGCCGCCUCUGCCACAGAUCUCGACUGUCAGCGACAGGCACGCGAACUACUCACUCUUUCCACGACUUGACGAGGACAUAAACGCACUGGUCAGCCACCACAUCGAACCGCGAACGAGCUCGCUCGACCACCGGAAUGGUGAUGCACAUAGCAUCCACAACAGCAUCCAUCGGCACGGGGAUGACCACAGUAUUCAUCGCAACGGUGACGCCCGUAGUAUCAAGGCUCUCCCCAGCAUUCGAUCCAGUAAAUACACUACAGCCUCAACGAUGAGAGACCUCGGGCCACAUUCAAGUGUAGAAACUGCACCUACGGAUGUCACGCUCGAUGACCGCCUCUCUGUCAAGACUGCCGAUUCUUUUACGCAGAUCGAAGAUAUGAUUUCUGAGAUUGAGUUCAACGACAAGCAAUCGCAAAAGGUCGUCCGCAUCAAGGCGGAUCCCUCUACCGUUCCACGAUGGACUCCUAAACAAAACAGUGGGUCCAGCUCGCCAGCACUGAAGACUGCUCUCAUCAGUGCAAUUCAACAGAGAAAGCACAAAAUGAUUGAACAGUUACUCGACUGUGGUGUUCCCCCCAAUAGCGGGAUGGAUCUCAACGUACUUCGCGAAGCUGUUCUUAACCGCGAUGCCGAAAGUGUUCGCCUCCUACUCCUGUUUGGCGCUGACCCUAACAGCGUUGAUAAAUCCGCCUCUACGGCACUCAUGGCUGCUAUCGAGACCUCCUUUAUCGAGGGGACGAAGCUGCUCCUGAAGUAUGCGGCAGAUCCCAACCUACCAGCAGGGCCCAGGAACGAAACGCCCCUAGCAGUUGCCGUGGCCGAGACCAAAGUCGAGCUGGUUCAACUACUGCUCACGUACGGGGCCAAUGCAAACAUGAGCACUUCUGACGGCAACACUCUGCUCGAUAUGGCGGUCACAAAGACCUCGCCUCGACGCCUGACUGAGCUUCUUCUCAUCUACGGUUCCGAUGCCAACGGCAAAAGCAACCGUGGUGAAACGCCACUCUUUGUUGCCAUCCAAGCAGGCCGCCUCGACCUGAUGCAACUUCUCUUGGACCACGGCGCAGACCCGAACCUCCCAGGGCCCAAACACCCUCUCUGGCCAGCGACAUACUUCCCCAAGGGCCUUCAACUCCUGCUUUCUCGCGGUGCUACGUUCAAGCGGUGCCCGGGCAUUCUCGAACUGGCCACCUCGAUCAACAACAUCGAGUCCGUCACGACCCUUAUCCGCGCCGGUGUCGACAUCAACGCCAAAAAGGACGGCACCUACACGCCACUCUGCACGGCGAUUCGAGACAACCGCACUGAACUCGUCUCCCUCCUCCUUGCAUCGGGAGCUGACCCCAACGAGCCGGCGGCCGAAUACCCGGCGUUCAAGUGCGUGACGCACCACCGCACGCACCUCCUCCCUCAGCUUGUCGCUGCUGGCUCGGACCUCCACAAGCCAAAGGGCAUAAUCGAGAAAGCCGUGGCGCACAACAACAAAGACGCGCUGAUGUACCUACUGGAGCAAGGCGUCAGUGCCAACGACCGUACCCCCGAAGGCUACACGGCACUCACCACGGCGAUCCGAGAGGCCAAGGCCGACUUUGUGGACAUUCUACUCGCGCACGACGCCGACCCAGGUAUCCGAGGCCAGGACUGGCCCAUCUGCAUGGCGGUGAAGCAGCCUGCCAUCCUGAAGAAACUGCUACCCAAGGUGCACAACCCGCGCGCCGUCAAGGGCGUGAUGGAAAUGGCCGUUGGCGCCAACGAACUCGAGAGCGUCAAGCUCCUCCUCGCGGCCGGCGUGAGCGUCGAGGACAAGAACGGCGGCGUCUUUUCACCCCUGACCACGGCCAUCCGCGAAGGCCACAAGGAGAUCGUCAAGUACCUGCUCGACGAGGCCGGCGCCGACGUCAACGCCCCCGGGGAGCAUCUGCCCAUCAUCAAGGCCAUUCGUCGGUUCCGCGGCGACACCGAGAUCAUCGAGAUGCUCCUUGCGCGAGGUGCCGACAUCAACUUGAUGUACCGCGGGUGGAACGCCAUCUUGCAGGCCGUCGAGAAUGGCGACGCCACUGUCCUUCAAACCCUGGUGGAGCAUGGAGGCACCGUUGAUCUCGACGCCAAAGACGAAUCCGGAAGGACCGUGGUGGAGAUUGUCGAGGAGCGAGGUUGGGACGAGGCCGUUACGAUUUUACUUGGGAGCAAGGAGCAGAAGUAG